AUGCCUAGACCAAGUGUAAAAUGGACAGAUUUGGCCACACCACUAAGUGCGCCCGUGCUCAAAGUGAUUGACGGUCUUGGUUUUGAGAAGAUGACACCAGUUCAGGCUGCCACCAUUCCACUGCUCUUGGGUUACAAAGACGUCGCUGCCGAAGCGGUCACAGGAUCCGGAAAAACGCUAGCUUUUCUUGUCCCCUUGCUAGAACUGCUACUCAAAAGGAAGCGCAACGAGGCAUGGAAAAAGCACGAAAUCGGAGCUGUUAUUGUUUCACCCACACGCGAACUGGCCACCCAGAUACACGACGUCCUGUCCGAGUUCCUCUGCCACGAGGAACUGAGCAGUUUUCGGCAGAAGAUGCUCAUCGGAGGAAAUGCCGUUGAAGAAGAUGUACUCGCGAUCUUGAAGGAAGGUGUCAACAUACUCGUAGCCACCCCUGGCCGACUGCAGGAUCUGUUUGAGCGCAAAGGAGACCUGAAUCUGGCUGCAAAGGUGAAAAGUUUAGAGCUGCUCGUGCUAGACGAAGCGGAUCGUUUGCUUGAUAUGGGGUUCGAGGCGACCAUCAACACCAUUCUAGGCUAUCUUCCACGGCAGCGCCGGACUGGGCUGUUUUCGGCCACACAAACCAAGGAGGUGAAAGAUUUGAUGCGCGCAGGUUUGCGUAAUCCUGUGUUGGUCAGUGUACGUGAAAAGGCAACCACGAGCACGCCGAAAUUGUUGCAAAACUAUUAUAUCGUCGUUGAGCCAGAGCAAAAACUGGUUGCUUUGCUGGAAUUUAUACGCACCCAGAACAUCAAGAAAGCGAUGAUAUUCUUUCCCACGUGUGCUUGCGUUGAGUACUGGUCCAUCGCUUUGGCGAACCUUGUUUCAUCGAUGCAAGUGUUGGCCUUGCACGGAAAGAUGCGAACGGAACGCUUCCGGAUACUGAAGUCGUUUCGCGAAGCGGCCAGCGCGUUGUUACUCUGCACUGAUGUACUUGCCCGUGGUGUCGAUAUUCCUGAAGUGGACUGGGUACUCCAGUGGGAACCGCCAUCAAACGCAGCAGCGUUUGUUCAUCGUGUCGGCCGCACUGCACGUCAAGGAUCGGAAGGAAAUGCGCUCAUUAUGCUUCUACCCACAGAAGACGCGUAUGUAGACUUUCUGACACGCAAUCAGAAAGUUUCCCUAAAACAAAUAGAUUUGGAGCUACCCGAUAGGAUGCUGGCUGAAACGUUAGACACAUUGCAUCAACUUCAGAAGACCGAUCGUGCUACGUUUGACAAAGCUAACCGAGCGUUUGUGUCGCACGUGCAGGCCUACAGUAAGCACGAGUGUAAUCUAAUUCUACGGCUGAAGGAUCUGGAUCUCGGUAGAGUAGCGACAAGUUAUGGACUACUGCAGUUACCCCGCAUGCCCGAAAUGAAGCCUCAUUUCAAAGAGUCGUUCCGUGGCCCGGAGCAAAGAGUGGACGUAUUCACACUCGUUUACAAGGAUAAGCAAAAGCAAGCGUCGUUCGAGAACAAGCUGAAAACGUACGCCGAAACAGGCGAAUGGAAGGGAAAAAAGAAGCUUAUCAAAAAGAAAUCUGUUCCCUGGGAGCUGGCCAAUAAGGAGCGCGAAGAACGGAAAGAAAUCCGUAAGAAGCGGAGGGAAAAGAAACAAAUACGAAAGGCAUCCAUUGAGGCGGGUGAUACAGUCCCGGCGAAAAAGAAACGAGCUAAAUUUUCACAGGAAGAGCUAGAAGAACUGGCCAACGAUAUUCGGCUGUUGAAGAAGGUGAAAAAGAAAAAAAUCACCGAAGAGGAAUACGAGGAUAAGAUGGGUAUAAAGGAAGGAGAUGAUUUAAUGGAUUCGGAUUAA